ACCAAAUUACUUUGUAAUCUUUUGGUUGGCUUACUUUUGAUUUUGUAGUGCACGAUAGUUGGAAGAGAGGUAGGCGAGGCAAGGUUAUCGUUAGAUCUCUGCUCCUGCGGUGGUAGGUUUUUCAGGUUGCAAUGAACACGAGAGAGCAGGUUGUACCUCUGCUGCCAUGGGUGGGCACGGCUGUGGCCCUGGGCUUGAGCCUGUACCUGUACAAGUGCAGGGGGGGCAAGGGACGAGUGAAUUCGAGCGUGGACCUUAGCAACCCCAAGAUCGUCAACUCUGUCGACAUUGAAGACCUCGGGAACAAGGCGGUCUUCUGCCGCUGCUGGAGGUCCAAGAAGUUCCCCUACUGCGAUGGCUCCCACAACAAACACAACGAAGAGUGCGGAGACAACGUCGGGCCGCUGAUAGUGAAACGUAAGGACGCGUAAAGGAGAGCUGCAGAGGACCCAUACUUCCACGUUGCCAGUAACAGUGUUGUUAAGGUAGAAGCGUUCGUUGAAAAUAAAGAACCCGGUGUUGGUAUUUCA